GCGGGCGUCCUGGUAAACGACGGCAGCCCCCCCUCAAGGGUACCAUUUGAAACCAUCGCACCUCAGCUUGACACGUUGUUUGGCGGGCGACACCGGCUGUGAGAACAACCCUCAACUCCUGCUGUAUAACCUUUAGUUCCUUCAAACAUCAUGCCGCCCAAGAAUUCAAAGCGGAAUGUGGAGGGGGGUGAAGCCUCUUCUGGUGAGGAAGGGGGGGGAGCUUCUUCCCCAAAGCGUAAAAGGUUCAUUUCAGCAGAAAAGGAUAGAAAAUAUGAAUCUGAAGACUCAAUGGAGGACACAAAAGACUCUAACGAUUGGGGAGGUGAGAGUGAGCGAGAUGGUGGAUGGGACCGGUACUCAGAGGACUCGGGGAGCCGCGACCGCUACUCCAGCCGCUCCAGCAGCAAGCCUGGAGACUGGGAUUGCCCAAGUUGCCAGUUCUCCAAUUUUGCUUCUCGCACUGCAUGUUUCAAAUGCAGGACCCCUAAAGACGGGGACUCUUUUGGAUCUGGAGGACGUGUUGGUGGUGGAGGGAUGCGUGACAUGCGCCCUGGAGACUGGUCAUGCCAGAAGUGCCAGUUCCAUAACUUCUCAUCACGUGGCAUGUGCUACAAGUGCAACUCGCCCCGAGGGGGUGGUGGCGGUGGUGACCGUUACUCUAGCCCUCGUGGUGGUGGUGGUGGUGGUGGCGGCAGGCCUGGGGAAUGGGAAUGCCCUGGUUGCCAGUUUUCCAACUUCUCGCACCGCGAUUUCUGCUUCAAAUGCAGGACCCCUAGAGAAGGUGGACGCUCUGGUGGCGGCGGUGGUGGUGGCGGUGGUGGUGGCGGCGGCGGUGGUGGUGGAGGAAUGGAUGGCGGUAGAGUUACUAUGCGUGCUGGAGACUGGGAGUGCCAACAGUGCCAGUUCCAUAACUUCGCUUCACGUGAUCAGUGCUUCAAGUGCUCUUCCCCAAAAUGAUGUGCGCUGUAGCCCACCUUCAAGAGAACACCCUGGACCAAGACGAAGAACUUGUUAUGGAGGCAGCGGGAAUACCACUCGGGAUAUUUAUUUCAAGUGUUGAAGAAUAAUUAUGGAUUACUAUA